AUGGCUCAAUUGCAAGUAACUGUGGUUGAAGCAAAAAAUUUAACACAAAAAGAUACACUUAGUGAAAACGACGCGUUUAUUCAAAUUUACCUUGAUGAAAAAAGUUCAAAACAAAAAACAAAAGUAAAACAAGAUUCAAAUAAUCCAAUUUGGAAUGAAUCAUUUGUUUUUAAUCAUUUACAUGGACAAAAUACCCUUCAUCUUGAUAUUUACGAUGAAGACGCAAUAAAAGAUGAGAAAAUAGGUUCAGUUAUUAUUGAUUUACAUCAUUUAUAUGAUAAAGGUCAUAUUGAUAAUUGGUUUGAUAUUGAAGAGAAACAUGGAAAAAAAUCUCAUGGGCAAAUUCAUCUUAUUCUUCAUUACGAAAAACUUAAAAUUUAA